GCAUUUGUAUUUAUUUAGAAUUCUUUAAAAAUAGUUUUAACUUUUCAUUUUAAUUAUGCGUUUUUUGACAAACCUAGAGAUUUUGUCGAAAUGGGUCCAUGUAUAGAAGCAGCACCCUGCCCUCAUCUCUCUAGCAACAACCACAUAAUGAAUGACCACUCUCUCCAUCGCUCUGUCUCUGACUCCACCCAUCUGCAGUGUUGUAUAAGUAGUGUCCUGAUCUUUCUCCUCAGUAAUUCCUCUUCAGAUUCUCCCAGGAGUUUCGACCCCUGACCUCCGAGGAUGGAUAACGCCACAUACAGCUACGUGAAUGACUGCACUCCGCUCACUAACUGUAAAUCCGGCCGAAAGGCUGGCGGCUCCACGGUGGUCAACAUGAGUCAUGCGGGCAAGAAGCCACCAAACGACUACCUGAUCUGGUCGCUCUGUAACACUCUUUAUGUCAACUUCUGCUGCUUGGGAUUCAUGGCUCUGAUCUACUCCAUCAAGGCUCGAGAUCAGAAGACCUUGGGAGACAUGCGUGCAGCACAGGAAUGCUCGGACAAAGCGAAGUGGUACAACAUUCUGGCAUCGGGCUGGAAUCUCUUGAUUCCUCUGCUGGUGUUGGGUCUGCUGGUCUUGCUCGUGGUUCAUCUGGGGAGCUCAGAGGGAACGUUUGAUUUCUUCGGUGAAGACGGAUUCCAGAGCUUCAUGAAGCUCUUCAGCAGGUAGACAGAGCCACUCGAACAAUCCCACCACCAAAAACUCCUGCAAACCUUCUGGACUGUUCACUCUCUCUUCACUUCAUCAACAUGUUAUUUUCUUUGGCUCUGUGAUGAUUUUAUUAUUAUUUAGAUUUGUUUUGUUUAUUUCUUUUUUCAUAAUGUCAAUGUAGUGUAUAUUAACUCAUAUCUACCCUACAAUUCUAUUUUAUGAAGUAAAU